CUUAUUUUCUUCGAAAAUUUCAAAUUUCAAAACCCUAACGUCCAAAAUACCCUCCAAAAAUCAGAAUCGACCUUAUUUUCUUCUUCUACCUCAAUCCAUACAUGGCUUUAAACGACCCACCGAAAACACUCGAAACCCGAGUGGACAUUAGGGGCGCUGAAUGUGGAUCCGGAGAAUCCGAACCCGAAGAAGAAGACCUAGAGAAGCUGGAGUCAGAUGUGAAGCAAAUGGCGCAGAAGAUUCUAGAAUACAGAGCAACACUUCCAGAUCAGCUCAAGAACACAUUCGCCUCGAUUCUUUCAUCUCAAAGGCCAGUUUUGCCCGGGUUUGAGUCUGGGUUAGAGCCUGGACCCUCCAGAGACCAUAACACUGAUUCAGGAGAACAUGUUGAAUCAAGUAAGGGGGCAACACUUGUAAAAGAAGAGCAGAAGGCUGCUGAAAAAAUACGUUUGCUUAAAGCCAAAAUAUCCAGUAAUGUUGCUGCUAUGCCAACAGUUCUGAAGAGGAUGAAAGAAUGUAUUUUUAGAAUUGAGGAACUAGAUUCAUACAAUGGAAUCAUACAUCCUGCUUUUAAAAAGAAACGGCCUAGCUGACCAAAUCAUCUUUAGUAGCUUGAUUUUUAGUACUUGGUGUUAGCUCAGAGGGGAAUGGCAAGGGUAUCUCCAGCGACUGACCAUUUUGAUUUGUAUAAUUGAACCGUAGUAUCCAGCUUCAGAAAGUGAGGGAUCUGCUGAAAGGGUUUGGGAGUUAUCUUUGUAUUGUAAUUAUAAAAAGCAUCACGUUUGAUGUGUAACAUAAUGUAUUGUUGAUAGUAUGGUACUAGCAGCUCAAAUGUCAAA